CCUAUACCAGUCAUGGAUAGAAGAAAGUAUUUUAAGCUUUUUGGUCUUCUAUUAGCUGCUGUUAUGUUCCAUUUUGACUCCUAUGUGGAAGAGACUUGGUUCAUUAGUUAACAAAUUGUUAGAAAUUUGCAUGAAACCUCUCAACAUUCAGAUUUUGAACAGAACUUUGUAAGGAAAAAGUUAACUAUUCCUACUUGUAAUACAUCAUUCUGAAAAACUCUUGAACAAGUAUUUUAAAUUGAAAUUUCUCAUCAAUUUUGAGUCUAAGACAUUGGUGAACAAGGAGAGGUGUCAGCACCUGUGUGAACUGCUGCUACAAGACUGCUGGGAUCAGAUCCUUCCUGAAGUUUGAGGCAAGAUGCUAAUCCUUUUAAUCCUGAAGAAUGGGCAUCACCUCGGGCUUUUGGAGCAUCUCCUUCUGUUACAUUACUUAGGACAGACCUAAUCGAUUCUGUUUUACUCCUUGGACAUUCAAGCCCUUGGUUGGAAAAAGUGUAUACAAUUCAAUUACUGCAGUAGAAUUCCUUGUGGACAAACAACUGGAUUUUAUAACUGAAGAUAGUGCCUUUCAGCCCUAUCAGGACGACGUAGACAGUCUAAACCCAGUUCUCAGGGAUAACCCGCAGUUACAUGAGGAGGUAAAAGCCUGGGUAAAGGAACAAAAGGUUCAGGAGAUUUUUAUGCAAGGUCCGUACUCCUUAAAUGGUUAUAGGGUGAGAGUGUACAGACAGGAUUCUGCCACCCAGUGGUUCACUGGCAUCAUCACUCACCAUGAUCUCUUCACGCGCACUAUGGUUGUUAUGAAUGACCAGGUGUUAGAACCUCAGAAUGUUGAUCCUUCUAUGGUUCAGAUGACCUUUCUAGAUGAUGUUGUUCACUCUUUGUUGAAAGGUGAAAAUAUUGGCAUCACUUCACGCCGACGGUCUCGUUCCAACCAGAACAGCAACACAGUUCACGGUCAUUAUACACGUGCACAAGCAAAUAGUCCCAGACCAGCAAUGAAUUCCCAAACUGCAGCACCAAAACAGAAUUCUCACCAGCACCAGCAACAGAGGAAUACUCGACCAAAUAAGAGGAAAGGCUCUGAUAGCAGCAUGCCUGAUGAAGAGAAGAUGAAAGACGAAAGAUACGAUUAUAUAGGUCGCGGAGAAAACCCCAAAACCAAAAAUAAACACUUUCUUAACAAAAGAAGGAAACCUGAAGAGGAUGAAAAAAAGUUAAAUAUGAAGAGACUGCGGACAGACAAUAUCUCAGAUUAUUCUGAAAGCAGUGACUCGGAAAUUUCAAAUAAAAGAUUAACAGAUUCAUCCUCAGAGCAAAAUUCAGAAAAUGAGUUAAAAAGCAAGAAAACUUCAAAGAUAAAUGGGGAAGAAGGAAAAUCUCAACCUACUGAGGGUGUAGAACAGACACUAACGGAUAGACGGUCUCCUUGGGAUGAAGUACAGGAGGAUAAAAACCAUGAAGAGGCAGAAAGGCUGAAGUCAUCAGUCUUGGAUCAGCAGGAAAAAUCUUCACUCCAUGCAGGAGAGCAGCCAACACCUUACGAGCAGAAUGCCAAGGAUGCACAUGCUCUAGAGUGUAAUGCAGAAAAACAUCAUACUGCGGAGUUAAAAAAUGAGCAGUUUUUACCCAGACCUCCUACUCCAAAGUGUGUUGUUGACGUUACUAAUAAAAACAACUCUGAAAAGGAGAACCAGGAUAAUGCUGCAAGUACCUUUGGUUUGCAAACGGUUCAGAAAAUAGAAUCUCACAGCAGUGAUUUAAAACAGCAGUUUGCAAAUGCAAAUUUCCUUGAAGCAAGAAAGCAGGAAGCUGAUCAGAGUUGGGUUAGCAGUGUUGUUAAAACGGAUUUGAUACAACCUGGGGUUGUAAAAGCAUUGCCAGUAAAUGAACACUUAAAUUCUGAAAAAGAGAAAGUGCAGUAUGGCUCGUUUGUGUCUUCGUUAAAUGUAGCUUCUCUAGCAGAAGAGAGUAAACUGCGUAAACAAAGUCCAGCCCCCGAUUCUGUGAAGUCAAAAUCUAGUGCUUCAGUUGAUCAUCCUAAAACAAAGUCACCUGAUGUUAAGCCUAAAUUCACCCAAUCUUCCGAUACUGUGAAGUCUAAGGUUAGUUCCCAAAACAGCCAUGCUACUGGAUUAACAAGGUCAGCCAGUAAAACUGAUCAUGAUUUGCCUAGGUCUAGUUUUCAUCCAGUUCCAGCUAGAGUUAGUGCUCUAGAAGCUACUAAAAGUCCUCUUAUCAUUGACAAGAAUGAACAUUUCACAGUGUACAGGGACCCCACUCUGAUUGGACAAGAAACAGGAACUAAUCACAUUUCACCUUAUUUGCAUCAACAUAAUUAUCCUCUGCAUUCCUCAUCCCACCGAACCUGUUUAAAUCCAAAUGCUCAUCAUCCUACAUUAACUGGUUCAUCCCAUCUGCUCGCUGGGUCUUCAGCUCAGGCUCCCUUGUCCGCUAUUAACACUCACCCCCUUAGUAGCGCCUCCCACCAUUCCGUCCAUCACCCUCAUCUGCUCCCCGCAGUGUUGCCCGGAGUGCCUGCUGCCUCCUUGCUGGGUGCCCACCCGCGACUAGAGACUGCUCAUGCCAGCAGCUUAAGCCAUUUGGCAUUAGCGCACCAGCAGCAGCAACAGAUGUUACAACACCAGUCUCCACAUCUUCUCGGACAAGCUCAUCCUUCUGCUUCCUAUAAUCAGCUAGGGCUUUAUCCAAUUAUUUGGCAGUAUCCAAACGGAACACAUGCUUACUCAGGACUCGGUCUACCCUCCUCCAAAUGGGUCCACCCAGAAACUCCUGUUAACACGGAGGCUUCCUUGAGAAGGAAUACUCCCAGCCCCUGGUUACACCAGCCCACCCCAGUGACCUCAGCUGACAGCCUUGGUUUACUCAGUCACAUUCCCGUGCGACCGUCCAGCGCAGAUCCCCUGCGGCCUCUCAAACUGACAACACAUUCCAGCCCUCCGUUGUCCAAAAGUAUCGCAGAGCAUCGCAAAGAAGAACUGGAGAGGAAGGCGUUUGUUGAACCUUUGCGUUCUGUUCCCACUGCACCAGUAAAGACUGAACUAGAGCAGAGUAGAACGCAGGCAGCAAAGGAGAGCCAUAUGCACAGACAUUUUGCAGAUCCAAUGUUGAACCAGCUGCCAAGGCCACCACAGGAGACUGGGGAACGACUGAGCAAAUACAAAGAAGAGCACAGACGGAUACUCCAAGAAAGUAUUGAAGUUGCUCCUUUCACAGCUAAAAUAAAGGUGCUGGAGGGAGAGAGAGAGAACUACUCCAGGGUAACGUCGUUAUCUUCAAGUCCCAAAAGCCAUUCGGUGAAAUAUGACAAAGAUGCUGAACGCUCUGUGUCAGAACUCUAUAAAAUGAAGCAUUCGGUGCCACAGAGUUUGCCACAGAGUAACUAUUUCACCACCUUGUCUAACAGUGUAGUAAAUGAACCUCCAAGAUCAUACCCAUCAAAGGAAGCUUCAGGGGCAUAUGUUGAUAAGCAGACUAAUUGUCCUUCAACAGCAGCUAGUCCCCAGGCUCUCCCCUCUUACAUUUCUUCUCUUUCAAAACCUCCACCUUUAAUUAAGCACCAACCAGAGAGCGAAGGCUCUACAAGCAAGGUACCCGAACAGCUUUCACAGUCAGUGCAGUCUCACUCUGUAAAUUCUUUCAGAAGCGAGAGCAGAAGCCCUACUCAGUUGUCAGUCUCAUCCUCAAAUACACUCCGGAGCAUGCCUGCCUUGCACAGAGCCCCCGUGUUCCACCCUCCUGUGCACCAGCACCUGGAGAAGAAGGAAAGCAGCUAUAGCAGCCUUUCGCCUCCAACUCUAACCCCUGUUCAACCCGUUAAUGCUGGUGGUGGUGGCAAAAUACAGGAGAUGCAGAAACCACCUACUUUAGUACCUGAGCCCAAGGAAGCUCAGAGUGUUUACAAGGGCACUUCUGAACAGAACGUAUCAGAAAUGUGGAAGUCUAAUAAUGCCCCAAAUAACGAGAAAGGGGAUUGGCACGCUGAAAGAAUGAGUGGAAAGUCGCAGUCUGCUACGGCAUCUGUUAUUGUGCGUCCUCCUUCUAGCACGAAGUACGACAGUGUAGCAGUAGUGCAGCCUGUUUCCAAAGAUCGAGCUGGUGAGAGAUCUUCAGCUGUGACAAAUCAAGCAGAUUGCCUGAAAACAGCGGAAGCCAGGGAGACUGGAAGAGUCAUUCUGCCAAAUAUGAACUCAGACAGUGCUCGCACACAGUAUGAAAAGAAAUUUCCAGCUGUCUCGCAAGGCAGCAUUCCUCGUGCCGCCACCCCCACCACAACGAUCAUCUGCAGUACCAAAACGGAUGUCACUGCAUCAGCAGCAACCACGACGAGCGUGUCGAGCCGGGGCAGCUCAGAAGUGACUUACUCCUUAUCGAGCACGGUCCUGGCGUGCACAAUGCUGGAGUGCCCGACCUCCAGAGCCGGGAGUCAGGCGGUGGCGCAGGCCCAGGAAUGCAAGGUCAGCACUCCAGCUCCAGUUACACCCGCUGCUGGCAGCACAGGCAGCAUUGCUCAGCCCAGCUCGGGAUUCUCCACCUCCACCGACUUUGUCCAUUUGAAAAAGCACAAGGCAGCGUUGGCUGCAGCUCAGUUUAAAAGUAGUAACAGCAGUGAGGCCGAGUCCAACUCUGUGAAAAAUCAGACAUUUUCAACCUCUCUCUCCCUAGACAGUGGUAUCGUCUGUAAUACAGUAAACAAAGCGAACUCUGUAGGCAGUGGGCAAACUUCCCAGACGAGUCAGCCAAACUACCACACUAAACUGAAAAAGGCUUGGCUAACAAGGCAUUCGGAGGAAGAUAAAAACACUAAUAAAAAAGAGAAUUCAGGGAACAGUGUUUCAGAAAUUAUUAAGCCAUGUACUGUCAAUUUAAUAGCUUCUACAUCAAAUGAUUUGCAAAAUAACAUAGACAGCAAAAUCUUGGCAGAUAAGUUUGCAAAGGAAGAGAAGCACCCAAGGAGAAAAGGAAAACGAACUUACGAGUCUGGCUCUGAAAGCGGUGACUCUGAUGAAAGCGAGAGCAAGUCAGAGCAAAGGACUAAAAGGCAGCCCAAGCCAACUUACAAAAAGAAACAAAAUGAUUUGCAGAAAAAAAAGGGUGAUACCGAGGAAGAAGUGAAACCGAAUGGUGUUCUUAGCAGGAGCGCCAAAGAGAAAAGCAAGCUGAAGUUGCAGAGCAGCAAUAACAGCACCGGUAUACCUCGCUCAGUGUUAAAGGAUUGGCGCAAAGUAAAGAAGCUGAAGCAAACAGGAGAGUCCUUUUUGCAGGAUGAUUCUUGCUCUGAAAUAGGACCAAAUUUGCAAAAAUGCAGAGAAUGUAGGUUAAUAAGAAGUAAGAAAGGAGAAGAACCCACUCACUCACCAGUAUUUUGUAGAUUUUACUACUUUCGGCGGUUAUCUUUUAGUAAGAACGGAGUGGUUAGGAUAGAUGGUUUCUCCUCUCCUGAUCAAUAUGAUGAUGAAGCCCUGAGUUUAUGGACACAUGAAAACUAUGAUGAUGAUGAACUGGACCUGGAAACUUCUAAAUACAUUCUAGAUAUCAUAGGUGAUAAAUUUUGUCAGUUAGUAACAUCUGAGAAGACAGCCAUGUCCUGGGUGAAGAAGGACGCCAAAAUUGCAUGGAAGAGAGCAGUGAGAGGAGUCCGUGAGAUGUGUGAUGCAUGUGAAGCCACAUUAUUUAACAUUCAUUGGGUCUGCCAAAAAUGUGGAUUUGUGGUCUGCCUAGAUUGUUACAAAGCAAAGGAAAGAAAAAGUUCUAGAGAUAAGGAGUUGUAUGCCUGGAUGAAGUGUGUGAAGGGACAGCCCCACGAUCACAAGCACCUGAUGCCAACCCAGAUUAUUCCAGGCUCUGUUUUGACAGAUCUUUUAGAUGCUAUGCACAAUAUUAGAGAAAAAUUUGAAAUUAAAUCGCAUUGUCAGUGCACCAGCAAGCAGAGCACGCAAGCUGGCAAGCUCCCUGCAAUGAAUGGUGUGUCUCAGGUUUUGCAGAAUGUCCUUAACCACAGUAAUAAAAUUUCCCUGUGCACACCUGAGUCUCAACAGCAGAACACUCCUCAAAAGUCUGAGGCAAAUGGUAACGUGAGCCCAAGGAGUGAUGUAAGCACAGACAGCAAGUUAACACCGCCCGAAUCCCAGUCCCCCCUGCACUGGCUGGCUGAUCUUGCAGAGCAAAAAGCCAGAGAAGAAAAGAAAGAGAACAAAGAGUGUCCUUCUGGAAAACAUUCAAAGGAAGAGAAAGACCAGGAUGAUUUGGAGUCCCAGAACUGUAAAAACUCCCCUCCUGCAUCCCAGAACAACGAGCAGGGCUCAACCUUACGAGACUUACUAACUACAACAGCGGGCAAACUGCGGCUGGGUUCCACUGACGCUGGCAUUGCUUUUGCUCCAGUUUACUCCACAGGAACAGCAAGUGGCAAGAGUGGAAGGACUAUGCCAAACAUCCUUGAUGACAUAAUUGCUUCAGUAGUAGAAAACAAGAUUCCACCAAACAGAGCACCAAAGAUAAAUGUAAAAUCUGAAAUAAAAGAUGAGCCAAAGGAUGAUAAAAAAUGUAUUCAGGAUGACUGCAGUAAACGGUACAGUGAUAUUCAGUAUUCAUGGAUCUGUGAUAAGCACGUUCUGUGGCUCAGAGACCAUAAAAACAGCAACAACUGGAAGCUCUUCAAAGAGUGCUGGAAACAAGGCAGGCCUGUUUUGGUGUCGGGUAUGCAUAAGAAAAUGAACUUCAGCCUGUGGAAAGCUGAGUCCAUUAGUCUGGAUUUUGGAAACCAGCAAGCCGAUAUCUUGAAUUGCAAAGACAGUAUCAUUUCAAACACCAAUGUCAAGGAGUUCUGGGAUGGUUUUGAAGAUGUUUCAAAACGGCAGAAAGUAAAAAAUGGGGAAACAGCUCUACUAAAACUGAAAGAUUGGCCUUCUGGUGAAGAUUUCAAGGCCAUGAUGCCAGCAAGAUAUGAGGACUUACUAAAAAGUUUACCCUUGCCUGAAUACUGUAGUCCAGAAGGAAAACUAAACUUGGCUUCUCAUCUGCCAGGAUUUUUUGUCCGUCCAGAUUUGGGACCCAGACUGUGCAGUGCAUAUGGUGUGGCUGCUACUAAGGACCAUGAUAUAGGAACCACAAAUCUCCAUAUCGAAGUGUCUGAUGUCGUGAACAUCCUUGUUUAUGUUGGCAUAGCAAAAGGAAAUGGAGUGCUUUCCAAAUCAGGAGUUUUGAAGAAGUUGGAGGAGGAAGAUUUGGAUGACCUUUUAAGGAAGCGGUUGAAGGAUUCAAGUGAAUUACCUGGUGCCUUAUGGCACAUUUACGCUGGCAAAGAUGCUGACAAGAUAAGAGAGUUUCUGCAAAAGAUAGCGAAGGAGCAAGGCUUAGAAGUUUUACCCGAGCACGAUCCAAUCCGUGAUCAGAGUUGGUAUGUGAACAAAAAACUUCGCCAAAGACUUUUUGAAGAAUAUGGAGUAAAAACCUGUACGGUUAUUCAGUUCCUUGGAGAUGCUAUUAUCCUACCAGCAGGAGCACUUCACCAGGUGCAAAAUUUUCACAGCUGUGUUCAAGUAACUGAAGACUUUGUGUCUCCAGAACACCUUGUACAGUCAUUUCACUUAACGCAGGAGCUGAGGCUGUCGAAGGAAGAAAUCAAUUACGAUGAUAAACUGCAGGUUAAAAAUAUCUUGUACCACGCAGUUAAAGAAAUGGUGAGAGCUCUGAAGAUCCACGAAGGUGAAAUGGAAGAUACAGAUGAAAACUGAGCGCGUUCUGCUUUUUGGAGUCACCAUCAAUGGGAGGUCGUUUCCCCUGGCCUGUGAAUGGUAUGCACACUAAUUUAAGCUUCACAAACCAUCAGUGCCAAGAAAAAAUAGUCAUCGUAUUUACUUGUUAAUGACACUGCGACGGUAGAGCUUCAUAUCACAGCCACUGUGAUUCCAUGUUCCACUUGCAAACAGUUGAGCAGCAUUCUGCUGUCUGUAUUAUAAUGUACAUGAAGUUUGUGAAAUGUCAAAGAUUUAAGAUGAUGUAUUUAUUUUUGGAAAAAAACCCACAAAAUUCUAUGCUAUAUUGUUGAUCAAAUGUAAAUGUGACUUGUACAGUUUGCUAAAAUAAUUCAGAUAUUUUUCACUACAUUGAGACAGUUACUGUGAGAGUAGGACACAAACACCAGCUAUUGCCUGCAUUUGGGAUCUUGCUGAGUCCGCACAGCAGUCAUGUCAUAAUCUGAAAAUUACUGCCAAAUAAUUGUAAACUUUGUAAAAUAUAAAGUAUAUAAAGUAGAUAUUAAAUACAGACACUUCAGUAUUUUAUUGAAGCUAUUCAGUGUACAAUUAAACGUUUUCAAAAGGUGUAAUUUAUUUAAAAAUUGUCUCAUUUUGGUAAAAUUUAUGUGAACUUUUAAAGCUUAAAUAUUAAACUUAAUAUGCUAUGUAAAUAUAUACAUAUAUACAUUCAAUGAUGUAUUUUUUUAAAACAUUGGCUUGCUUUAAUUUGUUAAAAGUGCAAGUGUUACACAUGCUUUGUACAUUGAAGUUGAAAGGGGUUUUACAUUUUCCAUUAAAAUGACUUUAUCAGACGUGGUGUUGUCUGUUUGUGCCAGUGCAGCUCCGGGGCUCCCUCUGCGGGCCGGAGCCGGCACUGCGGGCCGGAGCCGCCUUCCCUUCGGGAAUCGGCUCCUGCUUUGCAGAAGGGUGGAAAGGCGUUUCUGCGGAGUAAUUAUUUUAUAACAACGUGGCUUUUCACAGUUCAAGUAAUACCACUGAACAAAUGUUUAAAAAAUAUAACUGGUAUUACUUAAUAAUGAUAAAUGUUAGUUGAGUGGAAUUCCUGCUCUUGGAGGGAAUUUGAAAAGUUGAAGUGUACUUUGAUUUAAGUUAUUAAAACUAUUGAAAUGAUCAGAUGGAUAUCAGAUGUUGGGCACAGCCAUUGGCCAGCUCCUGAUGUGUCUGAAAGGGGAUGGUAAUUAGCCUGGGUACAGUAAUGAGCCUGGGUCCUGCUCCCAGUCUGACAUCUCACAGGGGGUUUGGAUAACCAAAAAACCCCAAACGCCAUAAAAAAUUACCCUUAGAAACAGUGAAACACAAAAGCAAUUUCUCAUUCCAGAAAUCUUUUAGUUGUCUUGAAAACUUGGAAUUUGUGUCAAGUUGCAGAGAAACACUGGGGUUACUGUUGCUGUGCUUGGCAGUUGAUUCUUAAUGUCAAACUCUUCCAUCCAGCAUCUCCUCUGUUCUUCCCAACAGCACUGGAGCACUGGCUGGAGAUGCAGGACCUGCCAGUCUACAACUGCUUAAUGAUAGGUGGACUGUAAGCACACAGACUUUAUUUUUCAAGUUCAGGAUAUGUAAAUGAGUGAUUUUUUUUUUAAUCAGGUUUAAGUGUUUUCCCCCCAGAUUGAGUUUUGGUGAGGUACUUGUAACAUUUGUGAAAUGCCUGGAGGCUGCUGAAGUUGCUGUUCCUGCGCAGAGGGUCACAUCCACCCUUGUUUGUUUUCCUGCACCGAGAGCAGUUGUUGGGCCUGGGCCAUCACUGUCCUGUCCUUGUGCUGCUGGGUCUGCAGUGAGUGGAUGAAGUUGGUUUCCCCUGGCUCACUCUCACAAAGUGUCACGUUGCUGUGCCUGUCCUGGCCAAAGCUGUGGCUUCCUGCUCUCGGGGCAGUGCCUGACAGCUGAUGGCACCUGUCCCUCCAGCCCUGAGCCCUGGCACCAUCCUUUGGGCCUGUAGGGCACUGACAGCUGCCUCUGCCACCCCUCAGUGCCUGCAGGGAUCCCCUGCACCUCCCUGUCAGCCUGGAGAGGUUUUUACCUCCUCAGGGGGCAACUGGAGUUGUGGAACUGGGGCUGAUUUGUAUUUCCAAGUGUUAAUAUUUUAAGUUCUUCCUUUGUGACCUUUUUUAUUGCCACCUUUGCUGAUGAUCAAUCCUUAAGCGUAUGACAAAAGACACACUUUUUUUUUUUUUUUCUGCAAAAAAUGUGUGGGUGGAACGGGUGGUGAAGCAGCAAGAAUGUUCCCAAAGAAGAGCCUGAGAGAUUGACAAGAUUUUAGGACUAAGAGUGUGAUUUUGGAGAGGCAAAACUGCCGGGCUCAAGCUGCAGUGUUGCAUGGUGUGCAGCACUGUCACUGAGUAAGUAGAUCUUGGCUGCUUUUGUAGCAAAGAGAAAUGAUAAAUGACUUUGAACUGCAUAAAUAAGGUGUCACUAUAGAGUUUAACUCUCCACUGGAUUUGUUAGUAGAGUUUAUCUGCAAUAAACUGAUGUGGUAGUUACACGA